AUGGGUGAUUUUAAUGAGGACGCCCCCAACUUCUCGGCCAUUGCUAACGCCAACAUGAACAGAAACUCCACCAAGGGAGUCAUCGCACCCAUGCACUUCUAUGGUGUCCCUGACAUCGUAGUGAAUACACCAAGCUUGGAGCACAGUUCUCCACCGUUGGUCUUUGGCCCAAAACAGGUGGGCAUGGCAUUCUUGAUGCCACACCUGUAUGAUGUCGCCGGUUUCAAGGAAACGUUAAACACCAAUCUCGUGAGAGCCAUCGAGUUUGGAACCACGCCUAUGGCUUCUAUCACCGAGACUAGAAGGGAUGAAUUGGUGGCAGCCCGAGACUACAACAAACUGUACAAGGCGUAUGUCAUGUACGAGGAAAAUGGUGUCGCCCAGCACCAAAUGGCAGAGUCUGCUCAGCAAAAAUUGGAAUCGCUUGAGAAAUUCCCCUUUUGUGACGUGAGGGCCAAGAUUGAUGAAGUUACAGGGAAACAUGUUUUCGACGUGGUCCUCAGAGAUGUCAUAGGACAAGUGCCUGCCUUUGUUAUCAGAUCUAAGGGCCAUGCACUUAGGGGGGAACGGCUGAUGGCCGAAGCUAAUAACCAGAACACCCAACAGGAAUACAUCGGCAAACUGGAGUCUGUGAUGAAACGAGGUGGACUGCCAAUAGAUGGACCUUCGGGGGGAAAGGUGGAGAUGGCCAAUGAUGAAGGAGUAACAGAGUACUAUGUUGGUCUGUUACAGCAGCUUUACGGAAAGCAUAGUGAUAAGCUGAACGAAGUCAAUGCUCUAGCUUGCGACCCGGCAAAAUUGAAGGAAAGUAUCUGGACUCAUGCCGUACGACCUGUUAUCACUGGCAUGCGAUACAACUUAGGCGAUGAAACACUUGGUGCCAGCAUACCAGAUAUCUUUGCCUUGGAAAAUAUGGAGCUUCCAAAGGCAAAUGAAGAUGACAACCCACAAACAUAUGGGUGUGUCUUAGCAUCCAACAUUUUCAAAAUGGCGCUCAAUAAUGAGAUUGCACCACACAUCCGUAUAGCCUCCAUCAUUAUGAUGUUCCGAAGAAUCAAGCCUGUGGCUUUCGCAGAAGAUGCCGAAUCCAGAACGCCCGUCGGGUGGGCUGUUGAUAUGGUAAGGUUGCAGGAGAUCUAUUCUGAUACGGCCAUAUUUGGGAAGCCAUUGUCGCACGAGAUGUUGGUCUCUGGUGCAGAGGCGUCAGAGAAGCCCAAGGAUGAUGGCAACGUCUGUUGUGAACUUAGCAUGAACGUGCAGACCAUGCAUAGCAUGUACGCUGGCGGCGCUGUCGUGGCAACCUGUAUAUACCCUAAUCCCCACAUGACAACUUUGGCUGCUCACCGGGGCAAGCCCAUCGUGAGCAUGGACAGCAUAAGUCGGUCUAAGACUGGUUACUUGCAGAAAGAGGUGGAGAGAAUUGGGAAAGACAACUUCUUUUCUGAUAAUGAUCGAGAAGCCAUCGACCGGUAUCUGGGAGCUCAGGAAAAGGUCAGAAUCGCCACUGCCAGUAUGGGAGGUGAAAACAGGUCAUUCAAUCUGAGUGAUGAGUUUGUACCCAUAAUCAGACCAGCAGGGAAGCCUAAUCAUGACCCCAUUGAUAUCAUGGGACGUCCCCGUGGAGAGGCUUUCCCCCUUUCCGGGACCACAGACAUCCCCCUUGUUAAGUUCAACACAUCAUCCAUACCCACCACUAAUCCCUAUGCCACCUCAAUGGACUCUCUGUAUCAGCACCUUUUCAGAGCUAACAAUGCUCCUGUCGGGUCAAACUCGACCCCAUAUAGAGCAGUCACUGGCAACUACAGAACGGAAAGGUCGACCUUCCCUGUCAGUGCCACCACUGAGGUACUGGAACAUCUUUUUGCCAUGGAUAACUCCAUGAACUGUAACAUCAUGCCUGAAGGGCAGAUCGCAGCCACGUCCAAUUUUGCUGCGGUCAAAGGCUGGUUGAAAGGGGUCCAGCUUAACUAUGACAAGGGUACGACUAAGCCUGAACAUGCACUGGUGUCAAAAUUUGACAUUGGGGUAUAUCAUGCCAAGGGGGUACCAUACACACAAUACACCGACGAUGGCGGCAUAAAGGGCGUUAAAAGAGAAGGGUUUUGUGACAGUGGACGCAUGGUACCUGGCAGCGGACCUUACUCGAUGUAUAUCCAGUCUCCCUAUUCCAUACCUGUCUAA